AUGUCAGAAGACUAUAUACCUUUCCAGUUAGCUGCUUCCCUGUCAGGACAUGAGCAAGAUGUAAAAGCAGUGUGCGGCGCCAGCGAAGACAUGGUUAUCUCUGCUGCACGAGAUAAAUCAGUUCGCAUGUGGUUUAGAACUGCACCGAACGUCUUUGGUGACUCUAAGAUAUUCCUGGGACAUUUGCGAUUUGUUAACUCGGUUGCUUAUAUUGGCCCAAGUGCAGAAUAUCCAUUAGGCCUAAUUGUUAGUGGAAGCAGUGAUAAGAUUAUCUAUAUCUGGGAUGUCGAAAAUGCAGGCGAUCCGAUAUUUUCGUUGAUUGAUCAUGCUGACAAUGUUUGUGCUCUUGAUAUCACACCGUCCGGACACAUAGUCUCUGGAUCGUGGGAUAAAACAUCGAAGCUAUGGCGGGACAAACAAGUCGCUUAUACGUUAAAGGGGCAUGAAGCCGCUGUAUGGGCAGUAUUAGCCAUAUCGGACCAAAUUAUAAUUACUGCUUCGGCUGAUAAAACGAUUAUUAGAUGGGAUGAUGGAGUACGUACAAAGACGUUUUAUGGACAUACUGAUUGCGUUAGAUCUCUUGCUGAAAUUAAAGGAGUAGGAUUUGUUUCCUGCGGUAAUGACAGUGCGCUAAGAAUCUGGAAUUUGGACGGUCAAUGUUUACAGGAGCUCUAUGGCCAUCAAUCAUUUGUCUACUCAGUAGACGUUUUGCCUACAGGUGAAAUUAUAUCCAGUGGAGAAGAUAGAGCUGUAAAAGUAUGGAAGGAUGGUGACUGUGUACAGACCAUUUUCCAUCCAGCAAUAUCUGUGUGGUGCACAGCAGCCAUGCCUAACGGAGAUAUCAUUAGUGGUGCUAGCGAUGGAGCAGUGCGCGUAUUCUCUCGUAUACCAGAGAGGAUAGCUGAUACAGAGAAAUUGAAGGAAUAUAACGAGCUUCUCGCGAGUCAAGCCAUUCCAACUAAUCAGGUUGGAGAUUUGAAAAGAGAUAAUCUCCCUGGAAAAGAAGCUUUAUCAACGCCAGGAACAAAGGAAGGUCAAGUCCUGAUGGUUAAAGACGGAAUUAAAGUGGAAGCGUAUCAGUGGAGUUCAGCAGAUCAAAGUUGGGCUAAAAUCGGUGAAGUUGUAGAUGCAGUUGGACAGGAGAGAAGGCAACUCUACAACGGCAGAGAAUACGAUUACGUAUUUACUGUCGAUAUUGGCGAAGGAAUACCUCCGUUAAAACUUCCUUAUAAUACUACUGAAAAUCCAUAUCAAGCAGCUCAGCAAUUUAUUUGGGCUAAUAAGUUGUCUCAGUCAUACUUGGAUCAAGUAGCGAAUUUCAUUAUACAAAAUACGAGGGGUGUGUCAUUAGGAGCGGGUCCCGGAAACGUUGAUCCUUAUACUGGCACAUCAAGAUAUACCGAUGCCGGAACUUCAACCAGUUCUACCAGCGGAAAUCAAAGCGCUCCGGGUCGUGUCGCUGCCGGAAUUGAUCCAUGGACGGGGUCGACCAACUCGGAAAAAGCUGCAACAUCAGAUCCGGUUAUUCCCUGUAAAUCAUUCAUGACUUACAAACAAGCCAAUCUGCCGCCAAUCCUCAAGAAAAUACAACAGUUCAGCGCGGAUUUACAACCUCAAGGGCUAAAUCUAACAGCCGAGGAAACGAAAUCUUUAGAAGUCUUAAUCUCUUAUCUCCAAGAUCCAUCCAAUAGUCAAAACAAUGCAAAAGAACGACAGGAAGGAUUGUCAGUUAUAAAAAAGAUAAUGACCUCAUGGCCUUAUGAGAAGCGGUUUCCAGGUCUCGAUUUACUCCGUCUUCAUGUUAUACGCGCUCCAAUCCCAGUCACUAGUUCGGACGAAUCGAUACUCCAAUUGGUAUACGAUGCCGUUGAUUUUGAAUCAUUUCCAAAAGGUGCUUCUGCUACCAAAGAGCAAGAAAUUAAUUUAACGAUGGGCCUAAGAACCAUUGCCAAUCUGUUUGAGACAAAAAUCGGAAGAGAAAUACUAACAAACAAGGGAUCGUCUGUAUUGGACAAGAUAUUUCCAACGUGGAGCUAUAUUUCAGGCAAGGGUGUACGACUUGCGCUGAUUACUGUAUUACUCAAUUAUUCCAUAGCAUAUCUGGAAAGGCCUGAUGAAGACGCAAUGCUCCAAAUGAUAGCAGCAAUUAUUGAGAUCCUGGAAUCUACAGCUGAUCCUGAGGCAAUUUACCGGACGAUUGUGACACUGGGAACGCUGAUUAGCAAGAACCAAGCAGCUAAAGAAGCAACCGUAAUGCUGGGCGUCGAGAAAGCCAUUCAGCACGUGUCAACAAAAGUCUCUGACGACAAGGUUCGGAACGUGGUUGCAAUGAGUAGUAAGCCAUUAUUGGAUCCAUACAACGGAACUAUUUAUAUCCUCUCAGUACUUCGUCUCAAAGUAAGAGAGAGUGUGCAUUAA